UAGGUGGCACAACUUUAAAUGUUGCGUUAAAAUGCCGAUGAAACUUCACAGCUGUCACAUUUCAAUUUACUCUUACAAUUCCCAUUUGUGUUAACUCUUUUUUUCUCUUUCGGGAAAUUUUAUGAAUACUCAAACAGGGAGAUUAUUCUCAUAAAUUACUCAAGAUCUUCUUGCCAAACUUUGACUUCAUUAUUCAAUCCUUGCUCUUCCUCACGUUUUAUACACAACCAUCACGCUCUUUUACCUCCCUUUUAUAACUCCGAUUCAAGAGGGUUUCUCGUGAUUUUCUUUUACUGUUUUAUGUUCAACAGAUCUUAUUCAUAUUCAUUCAUCAGUUGAGAAGAGAGUAGGUGUGAGAUAGAGACGAUGCUCAGAAGCUCUUUUGAAAGUCAGAAGAUUGUAAAUAGAAUGGGAAACGCGGCACGCAGUUGGGCUAGUAGAAAACCAAAUGAGAGUAUGAGGCUUAUAGUAACAACAUUUGUGGGAGUAGUUUUUGGCUUCUUGAUAGGAGUAUCUUUUCCGACAUUGUCACUAACUAAGUUGAAUCUCCCGUCUAGCCUUCUUCCUACUUUGGAUCUUUCCUAUAAUGAGGACCAUAGAUCAGGCCUUUCAACCCAAGCCGUUUUGAAUGCAUUGAAUUUGAAGAAUGAUAAAAGCUCAGCUCGCAAUGGGAGUUUGAAUGAUACAUCAAAGAUUUGGGUCCCUACAAAUCCUCGAGGUGCAGAAAGACUACCACCAAAAAUUGUUGCAGCUGAGUCAGAUUUCUACUUGCACAGAUUGUGGGGUAAUCCUAAUGAGGAUUUGACGAGCAAACCAAAGUAUCUUGUUACCUUCACUGUUGGUUACAACCAGAAAAAUAAUAUUGAUGCAGCAGUUAAAAAGUUCUCGGAGAACUUUACAAUUGUUCUAUUUCAUUAUGAUGGACGAACUACUGAAUGGGAUGAGUUUGAAUGGUCAAAAAGGGCUAUUCAUGUGAGUGUUCGGAAGCAGACUAAAUGGUGGUAUGCAAAGCGGUUUUUGCAUCCUGACAUUGUGGCGGCAUAUGACUACAUAUUUAUCUGGGAUGAAGACCUGGGUGUUGAGCAUUUCAAUGCAGAAGAAUACAUAAAACUAGUGAGGAAGCAUGGUUUGGAGAUUUCACAGCCCGGUUUGGAACCUAACAAAGGGUUGACUUGGCAGAUGACAAAGAGAAGAGGUGAUAGUGAAGUCCACAAAGUGACAGAGGAAAAACCAGGCUGGUGCUCUGACCCACAUCUACCUCCCUGUGCAGGAUUUGUUGAGAUCAUGGCUCCGGUAUUUUCUAGAGAUGCUUGGCGGUGUGUUUGGUAUAUGAUUCAGAAUGACUUAGUCCACGGGUGGGGUCUUGAUUUUGCCCUCAGAAAGUGUGUUGAGCCUGCCCAUGAGAAGAUAGGGGUUGUAGAUUCACAGUGGAUUGUUCAUCAAACGGUUCCAUCACUUGGGAGCCAGGGAGAGACACAAAACGGAAAGGCACCAUGGCAAGGGGUAAGGGAGAGAUGUAGAAAAGAAUGGACAAUGUUUCAAAGUCGGAUGACAAUUGCUGAAAAUACUUACUUUAAGGCUCUGGGAAUUGAUCCUAACAAUUCCACUGCUCAUUAGGAAACAUCCGUCUCAUCAAUCCAUGUACAUGUUGACUGUACACAACCCCAUCGUUAUAGAGUGUUACACAGUAUAUUUUGUAGAAUUCUAAUAUCAUUAUUAGAAUGUAACAUUAUUCAAUUAAAUAAUUCAUUAGUUUCAUAUUCACAAAAA